UGUUGUAGUUACCAAACAUAAUGCAAUUAACUAUUUUUAUUUUGGUUUAGAAUAAAUUUCACCAAAUUUUACAAAAUGGGUAAAUUUAAUAAUGCAGUUUCUGCAUUUAAAGCCUUAAAUGGACUGAUAUGCGUGUAUAAACCGCCUACUGUAUCUAUAAAACUAGUGCAACAUACAAUUAUUACUAACUUGUGUAGAGAUCUAAAUAAGCUGCCUGGUCGGCUACAAGAGAAAAGAGUUGAGAUAGUGGGGCCAACUAAUGCUCCGAUGGAUGUAAAAUUAGUCCCAAACCUAGCGGAUGAUCCUUUAGUCUGUGGACCAAGGUACCUCAAUGAAGACUUCCGGUGCAGUUACGCUACUCACUUAGGAUUAUUUAGUAGUGGAGUUUUAUUAAUAGGUAUUAAUGCGGGCACCAGGCUAACAUACCACAUUAAUGUCUCCCGGCCCACAAGAGCUUACAAAGUCCACGGCCAGUUGGGUAAAGCUACGGACACAUAUUUUUGGAACGGAAAAACUGUAGAGAGGGCUACGUACGGCCACGUGACGAGAGCGAAGAUAGAUGAGGUAGUAGCUCAUAUGCAAUCAGCUCACCAGAAGACUAUGUACGAGCUAUCUGGCAUUCAUAAAGACUCACAAACGGGUUACGAACUGGCAUCUCAAGGACUCAUAAGGCCAGCUAACAGCAAACUGCCACUUGUUUAUGGAAUCAAAUGUGUUCAUUUCGCACCACCUGAUUUUACAUUAGAAAUCCAAGCUGUAAAUGAAUAUGAUCGAUACUUAUGGACAAUAGUUCACGAUAUGGCCGUGCAAUUGAAGACCGCAGCUCACUGCACUGGAUUACAAUGUAUUCGGCAGGGCAGGUUUACUACGGACAUGGCUUUGUUACGGAAACACUGGCAGUUGCCGCACAUACUGGAUAAUAUGGACAUGUGUCACCAGCUCAUCGAAGAGCAUGAGGACAUAUUGCAGCCGCAGACAGCAAUGUUAUCUCAAUAGACACUAACUUCACAAGCAGUUUUAUUUGUCCGCUAGCUGUGCCUGCGAUUUUGUCUGCAUGGAAUAGUUAUUUUGGGCAUCAUUGAAGUCUUCAAGAAUGAAUAAUUUUUUUUCCACAUUUUCCAUUAUUUCUUUGCUCCUCAUAGUUACAGAGUGAUGUUAUAUAGCCUAAAGCCUUCCUCGAUAAAUGGUCUAUUCAAUG